AUGUUAUCUGCUUUGUCAUCAAUUGUUUUAUUACUUUUAAUAUCUGUUAUAAUUGUUGAGAAUAGUGUUAUUAAGUCAUGCAAAGCUCAAGUCGAUAAACUUGAUACAUGUAUGAGUGUAGUACAAUUUCCCGGUGAUUGUAAUUCAGGUAUUGUUAAUAUGACUGAUACUGAUUAUGAAAAAUGUAUUACGAUGAGUUUUUUUUGGUCUUAUCCACUUCAUAAUUUAACAUUAAUUAUUAAAACACCAUUUACACAACAACAUCAACUAUAUGCCAUUCAUCUCGAUAAUGAACAAAUAAUGUCAGCUGUCUCACAUGUCUAUCGAAUAUUUAAUAAUCAAGAAAUAGAUGUAACGACAAAAGAUAAAACACUUACUCAAUAUUCUGAUUCAAACUAUGAAAUUAUUCUUAAAUUUCAAGGUCCUGACCGAGUUCAUCGAUAUGGUGUUAAUAUUGACUAUAAGGUUCUUCCAAUGUAA